CGUACGUGUUUACAACGUUGAACCGCGCCGUUGACAACAAGAAGCUUUACUUGAAUAGAAGACUUAUUUGCUGACUUACCGAGGGAUUUGUACUUUAAUCCCUAUUUAGAUUGGGAUGUAAGGACUUUCCUUACUUUUAGGUCAGAAGAACAGGGUUCCACGAGGCCAAUUUUAGAGCCAUUACGGAGUAGUAGUGCGUGGUUUGCAAGACUGAACAAGGGAAAACAAGGCGUGUUGUGCGCAUUGCUGAAUUAGGAUAAACAGUUACUACAUGGUGGAACAAGGGCCACCAAACCUGAUGGAAAUCUACCAGCAAGCCCAGGCCCUAGUACCCACAAGGGUGAAACGUGCGUGCGACAUUCGGUAUGAAGUCCUGAUCAAGCUGGGGAACAUCCUGGACCCCCCUCAUCCAGAGGGCAAUGACUGGAGGGUCAUGGCCUCCAAACUGGGCCUGCCCAACUCCCUCAUCGACAAUGUAGCCUGCAAGGAGACAGAUAAAACCGUGGCAGUGCUGCGAAAAGCAACCCACGUGACGACAAGACAACUGGUGCAGGCCCUGUACGACAUGGGACAGACAGAUGCUUUACAGUUGUUAGUUGACUUUUAUUCAUCGACAACAUGUGAAGAUCCUGAACAGGAUCCAAGGGGCCAGCCAUUGAGAACCCGCUCAAUGGACGAUCCAAUGGAGUCAGAUGAACGCUACCCAGUACAAGUCCGACCUGACAGGGCACUGUCGGAACCCGUGGACAGUGGAUAUGAGGGAGACCCGAGUUAUCGUCUGCCAAGACAAGAGUCUGACCAGGGAAGAAAAGGAGUCACCGGUGGACCUUCCCUCACAUCCUCAUUCAAUUCUUCCACGUCAUCAUUUUCACGAUUCAGCCAAAGUUCAACAGAGGACCACAUAGAGGAGGAAUUCUUCUGUGAGGAAUCCAAGCAGUUUUGGUACGCAGUGAAAGGCGGCUCGGCAGAAUUUAAGUUCUAUUUCCACUUCGUGACAGCGAUGAAGAGUGCGUUUCCGAACGACCCUCUUGCCACCCAGCUCAAGAACAACAAAGUCCUCAAACUCAUCAAACAUGUGUUUGGGAUAAAAGGUGACAAACGUGAUGAAGUGCAGGUGGGCAAGUUUGUCCUCCUUUUGGGCUGGUUUGGACCCUUCAAGGCAGACGAACAGGGACACUGUAUAUGCCUGGCACAGAUCCAGGCACUGAUAGAUGGAUCAACUACAAGGGUGGGCAACAGGCAGGAAAGUUGGUUUGCAGGUUUGAUGAGCCAAGACGAAGCGAAUCGUCGGCUGCAAGGACAGAAGAGAAGCACGUUCCUGGUGCGGUUCAGUGAGAGUCUGAGCGAGGAGGGCGGCUUCUCUGUAGGCCUGAGUGUGGGAGAGGACCAGGAGCCUGUACACUUCAACAUCAAGGGAAACCCUCCAGCCGCUGCCUCCUCGGUGCCGUUUGAUGCGUGUUUGGAGUUCGUGCCGGACCACGACUCGGCUAAGACCUACCCAGACCUGGUCACGCUGGUGAACAAGCGACUCACAAGCGGGAACCCAGUGUACGGAGACGUGUUCUGUGUCCGACCGUGCCCUGACUUGCCCCUGAACGUGACCUUUACUGGUUACGCGGAAGUUAGCUACAGACAACCACCUGUCGGAACUGGGAAAGAAUGGAAGUUCGAGGGGCAAGGGUUCGAAUCCAGACUGAGCUCAGUUCUAGAGGACAUUGACUCUGCCCUGAGGCUUCUUGCGGACGGCCACCCGGCCAGACGGCAUUGUGAGCUGGCCAGACGGAAGCUGGAAGAUCUGUUAAAGGCAGAGCAGAACACAGUCAACCAGCAGGACCUCACACAACCAUGGGACCUGCUGGGACAAGGAGCUUUUGCAAAGGUCUUCAAAGCCCGGUUGAAAGGUUCGACUGUUGCAGUCAAGGUGCAGAUAAAGUAUGACAGGACGAUAACCGAACAACGGGUCCUGAGGCAUUUAAGCCAUGAGAAUAUUGUAGCAUUCCGCGGCACAGGUCGACUAUCGGAAGACGUCCAUCAGUUUGACCUUAAAGAGGGGAACCAAUUCAUAGUGAUGGAGUAUCUCCCCGACAGCUUGCUGGACUACGUAGAGCGGCGUAAGACUCCGGAACGACAAGGUCUGACAGCGAACAUCGUGUGGAAACUGGGUAGCCAGAUCGCUCAUGCGCUACACUACCUGCACACGCUGCCCGACCCCAUCGCACACAGGGACCUCAAACCUGACAACGUCCUGCUGGAUCCAGGAUCAUUGAGCAUGCGGGUGAAGCUUGCCGACUUUGGACUGGCCUGUCACAGCUACGAGCUGCACAACAGGAGGGAUGAGCUUGCCCAGAUCCGGUGGAGAGCGCCGGAGCUGCAGCAUUACGGAAAAGGUGCCUCCACAGGUGCACAGGCGGCAGCUGAUGGGGAUGAGGAUGAUUGGUUAGACACGGAUGACUUGGACUUGGAAGAUGACCCACCAGUAACAGAUGAAGUCCAGCAGGUUGAGGAAACGUCACCUUCCAUAGAAGUGUUCAUGCGCGCUGACAUGUUCUCCUACGGUCUGGUGUUGGGCUACCUUGUCACGGGAGAAAAGCCUUACGACAAACACGGAACCCUCACAAUACAGACCAAGCCAGACACAACCCAGGAGCCGCAGAAAGUCGUUCCUCACUCUUCACUGACAGGGCCUCUGCCGAAGAUCAUCAGAAGCUGCUACGACGAUGAGCCGACUGCGCGACCAACUUCUGAAGACAUAGUUGCUCAGUAUUUCAGCGUUGAUGACAACCCGUACGAAUCCGAGGCAUUGAAAGCAGAGUUCUUCUCCUGUGGAUUUUUGCAGGACACCAAGAUCUUUGUGGCAGAUUCUCUGGUUGGGGAGUCUACCGAAGGAUUCCGAUAUGACGGCAUCAGACCGCAGGGGUACCCAAAGGAAUGUCUGGAGUGUUACGUGGAGGUGAAGGAAGAACCGAACCAUGAUGUGCCAGAAGACUGGGGAGAUCUAGUGUACGACUACGACGAACACUACAAGACGUUCAGGUACCAGGCAGAUCAGAAGAUUAUAGAUGAUAACCCCAUGUUGGCACUGAAGCAGCUGGUGACAGACAGAGCAGGGCCGGAGGAGGAACAGAAACUGGAACUCAGGUUUGUGGAGAGUACAUACUGCCACCACCGUGCCAUGAGAGAGAUCUGGAGGAGCUUCCAGGAGCCUGAACAGCGAGAGCGCGUCCCGUGUAAGAGCAUCGUCCAUCCUCACUACAGCACGUCCUUCGGACUACACGUGGCAAUUCUGACCAACGAGGGGCCGGACAACCCACAGAAGUUCAUCUUUGCAAGGAGAGCAAAGCGAGAAGGCAUGGCCAGUCCAGGAGCGUUCACGUGUGGCGCUGUGGAGAGUUGUUCUGUGAAGGACUACAUCGUGAGGGAGAACGGCGACACGUACGUGUCCCUGCUGAAGACAGCCACCAGGGGGCUGGACGAGGAACUCCGUGUAGACCUGCAGGACAGUGACCCCGAGGCUCUGGUUCUGAACACCGUGUACCUGAAAUUUGACAACCACGAGUGGGGACUGUGUGGGUACGUCGACCUAACCGACCCUCGCAUCGCUCGAGGCGCACAGCUAAGCUUCGACCAACUCCGCGGCCGCUUCACGACCGGCCCGAAGGACAAAUUCGAACACGAGGAAGUUGUAGCAGUGGACUUCGAGCUUGUUCCAAUGGUGGAAUUUGUGAGGCAGAAUUAUAGGGAUUUCGCCAGCUCGGCGAAACUUGUUGUUGUGAAGGUUAUGCAGGCAUUCUUUGGUGUAGCUGCGACAGAACAUGCAUUUAAAGCUCACGCACUACCACCAAGCUAGGUAACAUGGAAAUGUCUGAU